GUCAAAAGCAAACUGUCAAAUUGACUUGACUAAAACUUAACCUCAUAACCUGUAAAUAAGAGUCACCGAAUUAUUAACUAUAAAAAGGCGAUUAUGUAUUUAGAAAUUUUAAAUCGAGCCUUAAUACCUUUUCGACUCUUUGUUCAAUCAUCUCAGUUGCACACGACAGCUACUAGUUAUGCCGCCAUAAAAAGAACUACGUCUGCUGCAGGAGGUGUGAUGGGUUUGGGUAAGGGUAAGAAGAAGGCGGGUAAGCUCAGCACCAUGGAGAAGAAAGAGAUGCCGGUGGAAACGGACCCAGAGAAGCUGGUGAAGUAUGUGUGUGGCUCCAACAUUUACACUACCGGGGAAGAUGUCAAGAUUCAAGAGGACAGUGCAUACCCCGAGUGGCUGUGGAGCCUCAACACGGGGCGUGCGCCGGCACUGGAGGAGCUGGACCCGGCCAGCAAGUCCUACUGGCUGCGUGUGCGGGCCGCCGGCAUCCGCCGCACCAACAAGCUGCGCUCCAUGAGGAAGUUCUAGUGUGGACUGGAGUGGAGGAGCAAGGACUUUGUAUCUAUAGGCGUCUAACUAGUGUAUAAAGUUAGUGUUAGUGAAUAAACACAUUUUCAAAAA